AUGCCGCUGCAGGACGACACCCUCCGAGAGGUGUGGGCCUCAGACAGCGGUCACGAGGAGGAAGGCCAGAGCCCUGAGGUCCAGCAGCGCACCAAGCAGGAAGGAGCGCAGUUCCCCUCCNACGCCCCGGACGCGGAGGACGGGGAUGAGGAGGAGGGAGAGGAGGACCUGGAAGAUGAAGACGAAGAGGAGGAAAAGAAGGAGAGAGUCCGCCUGCCUCCCAAGAAAGCCCCCAAGGAGAAGGCUUCUACAGACAUCAAGGAGAGGAAGACCAAGGCCCAGGGUCCAAAGGGAGAUCUGGGAAGCCCUGGCCCCCCACUGAAACCUCUGCGAGUUAAGAAAAAGGAGGCUCCAGCGGGGGAAGGGACCAAGAUAAGAAAGAUGAAGAAGAAAGGGUCCGGGGAGGCUGACAAGGACUGCUCCGUGAGCCCAGGCAGGGUGAAGAAGACACCAGCGGCCAUGUUUCUGGUUCCCGGGGAUGGCCCGUUGCAGAAAGCUCUGAAGAAGGGCACUCCUAAAGGCUCCGAAGAGGAGAAGAAGGAGGACGGGGAGGAGGAAGAGGCGGCCGCGGUGGUGACCAAGAACAGCAAUCAGAAGGGCAAAGCCAAGGGAAAAGGCAAAAAGGUGGGAAAGGAGGACAGGGCCCCAUCCCCACCUGUGGAAGUGGAUGAACCCCAGGAGUUCGUGCUUCGGCCUGCACCCCAGGGCCGGACGGUCCGCUGCCGGCUGACCCGAGACAAGAAGGGUAUGGACCGCGGCCUGUAUCCCUCCUACUUCCUGCACCUGGACACCGAGAAGAAGGUGUUUCUCUUGGCCGGCAGGAAGCGGAAGCGCAGCAAGACCGCCAACUACCUCAUCUCCAGCGACCCCACCAAUCUGUCCCGGGGAGGGGAGAAUUUCAUUGGGAAGCUGAGAUCCAACCUCCUGGGGAACCGCUUUACGGUCUUUGACAAUGGGAAGAACCCGCACCGCGGCGGCAGCACGGACGUGGGAAGCCUUCGGCAGGAGCUGGCGGCCGUGAUCUAUGAAACCAAUGUGCUGGGCUUCCGAGGUCCCCGGCGCAUGACGAUCAUCAUUCCUGGCAUGAAUUCCGACAACGAGAGGGUGCCCAUUCGGCCUCGCAAUGCCAGUGACGGGUUGCUGGUACGCUGGCAGAACAAGACACUGGAAAGCCUCAUUGAGCUGCACAACAAGCCCCCCAUUUGGAACGAAGACAGCGGCUCCUAUACCCUCAACUUCCAAGGCCGAGUCACCCAGGCCUCGGUCAAGAACUUCCAGAUUGUCCACACCGAUGACCCCGACUACAUUGUGCUGCAGUUCGGCCGCGUGGCCGAGGACGCCUUCACCCUAGACUACCGGUACCCGCUGUGCGCCCUGCAGGCGUUCGCCAUCGCCCUCUCCAGUUUCGACGGGAAGCUGGCCUGCGAGUGAUCCUAGUGACCUCCCCCAGCGCCCGCCCGCCAGGGCUGGGGAAAGGAUUCACGUUGGAGGCUUGCACGGUCCCUUCACCAGAGCCCCUCGA